AUGUUGUUGACUCUCGCUGUGGCGCCGCUCGCCACGCCGUCAGAGUCCGACUGCGCGGCUUGGGCUGCGAGCGGGGAAUGCGCCGCAAACCACGAGUACAUGCGAUCAAACUGUAAGAGCGCCUGCGACUGGAACGAAUGCUUGGAGCGGUCAGUCGAAUGCGAAGCGGCACCGCACACGCUGUCGGUCGUCUGCCCGGGCCUGUGCAGCAGCUCCGAUGCCAUCACCUCGCUGCCGCUGCCGUGCGAUGCUGAUCAGGCCCGCUGCGAUUCGCGGAAAUUUCAGCUCGAGGCGAGCGGAGGUCGGAAGCUCAAGGCGUGCGUGCGCUGGGCUGAGUCGGAGGAGUGCGACAAAAAUGCAGAGUACAUGCUCAGCGCGUGCCCGCUUGCAUGUGCGGAAAGGUCCGCCGCCAAGUGCGCUCGCUGGGCUGCUGCUGGUGAGUGCGAGACCAACGGUGCGUGGAUGCGGCACGGGCCUUGCGCACGGGCGUGCGACGCCUCGAUCGGCCGCGUGGCCUGCGAUGCGGCGGCCUGCGCCUCGAUCCACAGCGACCACGGCUGUGCCCUCCAAAGCAGUGGCAACGGCACGGUCAGGCGCCGACGCGUGAACCCGCCCGGCUACAAUGAGACGGUGGAGCUCUCGGUGCGAAACGAUGGCGCGGCGACGCUGCAGCUGUUCUAUGCUGCCGAGGACGGCACGGAGACGGGCUACGGCGUCGUGCCCCCUGGGGCCCGCCUCGGGCAGGGCACCGUGGUUGGGCACGUGUGGCGGCUGCGCGAGGUGGUUCCAACGGGCUCGAGCCGGCAGCAGCAGCGCGGCAGGCUGGUUCGUGAGCUGGUCGCGGGCGUCGUCUCUGUCGCGCAGUGCGCUUGCGAGGCCCACUUGCGCUCCCACCACUUGCGGCUUGGCACCCUCGUGCCGCGAGGCUACCGGCACGAGGGCAGCAGCGAGUUGCUUGUGCGCCAGGUCUGGCCCGGCGAUUUGGUCACCGUGGUGCUCGACCCACCGCCCUCCGAAACUUCCGCGGGCGGCGAGAAGGUCUCGCCGGCAGGAAGCGAGCCGCCCCUCGAGGACCGAAGCGCCAUGAGCGAAUUGCCACAGGGCCGCGUCGUCCUCCAGCAUUUGGCCACCGACCUCGUGGUGGAAGAGUGCGCCGCCCCGGUGGCUCCGGUGCAAUCGCUCGAGCGGAGGCGCCAGAGGCUGCAGGAAAACAACCAACAGCUGCGUUCGCAUCUGCAACGGCUGCAACGGCUCGACGAGAGCGCGCGCAAGGCUGACAACUCCAGCAAGGCGGCUGGCCUGGCUUUGGAUCUACCGGCCGUCUUGCUCGACGAGUACUCUGCUGGCACGGCCGAGGCCUCUGCGCUCCUCGGUGCUCUCGAGGCCAGCAAACAGGCGCACGCGAAUGCGGACGCCAGUGCGCGCCAGCGUCACCGGGGCGCGCGGAGGGCCAGAAAGCGAGCGCACGACGAGUUGUAG